CCUUCAGCUGUGGCUCUGGGCUGAGCGGGGAUUACAUCUCCGAGGAGGGUCACUACUGGAUUGGCAUGGACAUCAGCCCCGCCAUGCUGGAUGUGGCCGUGGAGAGAGAGGUGGAAGGAGACCUUCUCCUUGCAGACGUGGGUCAUGGCAUUCCCUUCAGGCCUGGCAUGUUUGACGGCUGCAUCAGCAUUUCCGCAGUGCAGUGGCUUUGUAACGCCGAUAAGAAGUCACACAGCCCUCCGAAACGCCUUUAUCGAUUCUUCUCAACUCUUUAUACUGCCUUGGCCCGAGGAUCCCGAGCCGUCCUGCAGCUGUACCCCGAGAACUCAGAACAGCUCGAGCUCAUCACGGCCCAAGCCAUGAGAGCUGGCUUUACCGGGGGAAUGGUGGUAGAUUACCCCAACAGCGCCAAAGCCAAGAAGUUCUUCCUUUGUCUCUUUGUGGGGACGUCUGGCACGUUACCGAAGGGCCUUGGUACUGAGUGUGCUGAUGGAGAAGAGAUACGCCAGGCGAAGUUCACCAAUGAGAGGACACGGUUCAGAAACGCCAAGGGCAAGUCUGUGAAGAAAAGCCGGGACUGGAUCCUGGAGAAGAAGGAGCGCAGACGACGACAGGGCAAGGAAGUGCGAGCAGACACGAAAUACACGGGUCGAAAGCGCCGCCCUCGCUUCUGAAUCGCUCUGGACGUUGCUGGUGCGGAAGAUGGUGGGUUGGUCCCUCCGGCGAGCCUCCCGUGGACGACCCAGAUGGACACCCCAGGCUUGGGACUUGCUGGGACAGGUCAUUGUGGCUCUUGAAGGUGUAAACUGGCUCAGGGGCUGCCCAAAAGCCAACGGCACAGCUUCCAGCCCUGUUUUCCUGGUGAAGGGA